AUGCCUACGAUCGCGGUCGACAAAGCUGCACUCUUCAAAGAGCUGGGCCGUGAAUACACGACAAAGGAAUUUGACGAGCUCUGUUUCGAGUUUGGAAUCGAAUUGGACGAGGAUACAAGCGAGAGUACGAAGCCAGAAGACCAGGCGCAGCCACCACAAUUGAAGAUCGAGAUACCAGCCAACCGAUAUGAUAUGCUGUGUUUUGAAGGAAUUGCACUCAACUUGAAGGUCUUUUUGGAGCAGCAAAAAUUGCCAAAAUGGACAGUCACAAGGCCGCAGGAGCUACAGGUUUUGGAGAUCAAGGAGGAGACCAAGCAAAUACGAGAGCUGUGUUCCGGUGUCAUCCUACGAAACAUCAAGUUCACACAAGAGCGUUACGAUUCCUUCAUCGCACUACAAGAUAAACUACAUUCCAACCUCGCGCGCAAUCGAACGCUGGUCUCAAUUGGAACACACGACCUUGACACUGUCAAGGGCCCCUUCACAUACGAAGCCCUACCUCCGGAGCAAAUCAAAUUCGUUCCUCUCAACCAGACCAAGGAGAUGAAUGGAAAGGAGCUCAUGGAGUUCUACGACAAAGACAAGCAUCUCGGUCGCUUCCUGCACAUCAUUCGUGACUCGCCCGUAUACCCAGUCAUCUACGAUUCAAAUCGCACAGUUCUCUCGCUACCCCCGAUCAUCAAUGGCGACCACAGCAAGAUCACACUGAACACAAAAAACGUCUUGAUCGAGAUUACGGCAACAGACAAGACCAAGGUUGAGAUUGUCAAUCACAUGCUCGUCGCCAUGUUUGCCGGAUACGCAGAGUCAAUAGAGCCCAUUCAAAUUAUUUCACCACAUAAUGGCGAGUCAAGAGAGUCACCAGACCUUUCGCCGAGGGAAUGGAAGGUGGAGGUUGACUACCUGAACGCGGUUACAGGUUUAAACCUUGCGCCAGAAGAGAUUUCCAAGCUUUUGUCACGCAUGGGCCACGAUGUUUCGCCUUCGAAGACUGACAAGAACAUCUUGGACGUUUCAGUACCGAUUACAAGAGCCGAUAUCCUCCACCAGGCGGAUAUCAUGGAAGACUAUGCGAUCGCAUACGGAUUCAACAAGCUUCCGAGAUACUAUCCAAACAAGACCGCCGCUGUCUCGGCACCGCUGCCAAUCAACAAGCUUGCGGACAUUGUUCGCCUAGAAUCCGCAGCCGCAGGAUGGACAGAAGUCAUGCCCCUCAUUCUCUGCUCCCACGAAGAGAAUUUUGAAUGGCUCAACCGCAAGGACGACGGCAACAUGGCCAUCAAGCUCGCCAACCCAAAGACGGCCGAGUACCAGCUCGUGCGAACGUCGCUGCUCCCCGGUCUGCUCAAGACCAUAAAUUCGAAUAAACACCACUCGGUGCCCAUGAAGAUCUUCGAGGUCAGCGACAUCGGUCUCAUCGAUAUGCAACAGGAGCGCAAGAGCCGCAAUGAGCGCCACUUUGCUGCCGCCAUCAUGGGCAAGACUAGCGGCUUCGAACAGGUCCAUGGUCUCCUGGACAGACUCAUGCUCAUGCUCCGCUCCGUCUUCCUGACCCGCGAGGAUGGAUUGAAAAACGAGCAGCUCAACGGUUACUGGAUCGAGGAAGUCGAAGACGACACUUUUCUCGCCGGUCACGCGGCUGCCAUCAAGGUCAAUAUCGAGGGCAAAAAUCAUACGAUUGGCGUGUUUGGCAUUUUGCAUCCCACGGUGCUGCACAAGUUUGAGCUGCCGUAUCCGGUUAGUACGCUCGAGUUUAAUCUCGAGGUCUUCCUUUGA